AUGGACAGCUUCAACACCAGUUUAGAAGGUGGCUUCGUUUUGAUGGGCUUCUCAGAUUGGCCUCAACUGGAACAUGUCUUUUUUAUCUUCAUUUCAAUUUUCUACUUCCUUACCAUCCUUGGCAACUCCACCAUCAUCACAGUCUCACGAAUGGAUCGUCGACUACAAACGCCAAUGUACUUCUUUCUCAACAACCUCUCCUUCCUGGACCUCUGCUACACCACCAGCACUGUACCUCAGCUUCUUGUCAGUAUUUCUGGAAUUGACAAGACCAUAAGCUAUGCUGGGUGUAUGACCCAGUUCUUCACAGUGCUCUUGCUGGGUGGAACUGAGUGUGUGCUCCUUGUGAUGAUGGCUUUUGACCGCUAUGCUGCUGUGUGCCGUCCACUACACUACACUACCAUUAUGCACCCUCUUCUCUGCCAGGCAUUGGCCAUCUCCUCCUGGGUGGGAGGCCUCGUGAACUCCCUGACUCAGACAGUCCUCAUCACGACCAUACCUCUCUGUGGUCAUCACCUGGACCACUUCUUCUGUGAUAUGCUUGUGCUCCUGAAGCUGGCUUGUGAGGACACAGAGAGAAUAGAGGACAACGUGUUUGUGGCUGGAGCCAUAAUUUUGGUUUGUCCUGUAACACUGAUUCUAGGGACCUAUGUACUCAUUGUUCAUGCAGUGCUGAAGAUCAAGUCAAUGGCUGGGCGCAGGAAGGCUCUGGGGACUUGUGGGUCCCACCUCAUGGUGGUUUUCCUUUUCUAUGGCUCAGCCAUGUACACUUAUCUCCAACCUGUCCGUGGAUAUUCUGAGAGUGAAGGGAAGUUUGUUGCCCUCUUUUAUACCAUAGUUACUCCUAUGCUGAACCCUCUGAUUUAUACCCUGAGAAACAAGGAUGUGAAGGGGGCUCUGUGCAAGGUACUAGGGAGAGGCACAGACACAAAGUAG